ACAUGACUGAGAGGUAAUCUUCUGAGAUCGGAUACACUACGGACAUUCCUGCUUUCUCCUUCGCCCUGAGUGUGACCGCUUACCGACCAACGUGUCGGCGGUAGUAGCAGGGCGAUUUUUCCUGGUGUAUCCGAGUUGCAGUCGGGUUUUUUGUCCAUCUUCACCCGUCUUUGCCGACCGACUGGGGUGCGACUCAACUGUCAGUUCCUUGCCUGUGCUUCUUGAGUUUUUGCCACUUACUUUGGCUGACCCAGGAACUCAGACUCGCUACGAUAGUGACGGGAAAGAUGCUGCAUUAUUUGAGGUGGCUUGCCUUCCUGCUCGCUGCCGUGAAAGGUGGUCCUGCUCCUGGUGAUGAAACUGACGCAGGUAAAGUGCAGCUGUUCCACUGUAACUUUGGCACUGGUGAAGGGGCCAGCAAGUGUGGCAUAAUUCAGUCCCAGGACGACGAUUUCGACUGGACAUUACAUAAUGGCGAGACAACCUCGAAGAUGACUGGUCCAGCCCAGGGUCACACCACAGGGGACGUGGGGGACAACUACUUCUAUUUGGAAGCCAGCAGUCCACGAGUGGUGAGAGAAAAUGCCAGAUUCAUGUUACCACCCACUAUCUACACCAUCUCCUGCCUGCAGUUCUGGUACCACAUGCAUGGCAGCCAGGUUGGAUCUCUUCGCAUCUUUCUGAAAGCAUUCGAGAGCUUGGCCACUGAGAUCUGGGGCAUGCAUGGGGACCAAGGCAAUGAAUGGCGGCGGGCCAGGAUCACUGUUAACCCUGGUAUCUACGUGCUAACUCCAAAGAUUUUGCCUUCUCAGAUUCUGUUUGAGGGGGUGGUUGGAGACGGUUGGAAGGGGGACAUUGCCAUCGAUGAUGUGCUGCUGGUUUCUGGAGAAUGCUCAGUUGAUCAGUUUGCUUGUGACUUCUCACAGAAUAACAGAAGCGAUUGGUGUGGCAUUGUGAACAUGCAGAAUGACAGGUUUGACUGGGACCUGAACAUAGAUGGCACUUUGACACCCAAGACAGGACCAAGUUCCGGUCACACAGGAAAUGCAUAUGACUUCUAUGCUUAUGCUGAAAGCAGUCAUCCAAGAAAACAUGGAGAUUAUGCAGUUUUAAGACUUCCCUAUGUCCUGUCCAGUAAAACCUGCCUUCAGUUUUGGUAUCACAUGAAGGGAGACGAGGGCAUGUAUUUGAAGGUCCGCACGGUCAGCACCCAGGGACACACCACUGUCCUGUGGUCAAGACACGGUUGCCAAGGUGAUGACUGGCAGCAGGCCAAUGUCACUCUGUACAGACAGACUGAGGUAUCCAUAGAGUUCAUCGCAGUGAUUGAUGGAUUCAACAGUGAUAUUGCCAUUGAUGAUCUCUUUAUACAUGCAGGUGCUUGUGAAGUCAUUGAAUUCAAAUGUGAUUUUGGCGAGGGCCAGCAAGAGACCUGUGGGAUUGAGCAGGCUGAAACGGACGACUUUGAUUGGUCCUUCAAAUGUGGGUCAACUCCGUCCAUUGGCACUGGGCCAGUUGUGGGCCACACAGAUGGAGGAUUGCUAGAUUUCUACAUGUUCACUGAGACAUCUGGGAUUCCACAAGGCCAUAAAGCAAGUGCUACACUUCCAUUCGCUGUUGGUGCUGACUCUUGCCUGACAUUCUGGUACCACAUGUAUGGAACUAAUCAGGGAACGCUGAGGAUUCUGGCCUCCAUUCCAGGAGAGCCUAGACAGGCCGUAUGGAUGCGGGCUGGUAAUCAGGGCAAUUUAUGGAAUUAUGGCAGUGUACAGAUCAGUCGAUGGAAGGUGCUGCACUUUGAAUAUGAAAAGACAGUUGGUUCCACGUACCGUAGUGACGUGGCAAUAGAUGACAUCCACUUGUAUCCUGGCCACUGUCAAGUCACAAAGUUUGAAUGCAACUUUGGUGAGGGUCCCAAGGGUAAAUUUUGCGGUAUAGAACAGGACCUUCAUGAUGAAAUGCAGUGGGUCCUCAACAGGGGGGUCACAAGGACAUGGCAGACUGGACCCAGGGCAGGGCACACAACGGGGGGUGCGGAGGACUGGUACAUUUAUACAGAUGGAAGCAACCAACAACAGGAAGAUAUGGCAAGACUGCGCCUUCCGUUCCAAGUUGGCAACACGGCCUGCCUCAGUUUCUGGUACAUGAUGUACGGUGCCGAUGUCGGCACCCUGAGAGUCAUGAGCAGCCACAUGGAGGAGGCGGGAGAAGUCCUGUACACUAUGACACAUGAGCAGUCAGUGGAAUGGCAGGAGGCAAGGGUGACUGUGAAGCCAGGAGAUAAUUUAGAAAUUGAUUUCACCAGCCACAGAGGAAAAAGUUUCCACAGCGACAUUGCAUUAGAUGACAUCAAACUGGAGCCAGGGGCAUGUUUGUUUUCAACAUUCACCUGUGACUUUGGUAUGGGAGAAAUGUCCAGCUGGUGUGGAAUAACUCAAGAUGUCACCACGGACAACUUCAACUGGACACUGCACAGCGGCUCAACCCCAGAUGUUGGCACUGGACCCUUAACUGGCCACACCACUGGAGAACUGGACGAUUGUUAUAUCUAUACAGAGAUUACAGGAGAGCAGAUAGGGCAUUCUGCCAGGAUAGACUUGCCAGUCCUCCUCCACGAGACAUCCUGUCUGGACUUUCACUUCCACAUGCAUGGAACAGUUAGCAUAUACGUUGGCGCUCUGAAGGUCCUCGCUGUCAACCCUGAGGGUGAAACCACUGAGCUGCUGGUCCUGAGGGGGGACCAGGGGAACGAGUGGAAGAGGGUGUUUGUCACUGUGCCAGUGUACAAGGAGGCACUGCGACUGCAGUUCUGUAUGGUGGACCAUGGAAGUAACCUAGGUGAUAUUGCACUGGAUGACAUCUAUGUGAAGACAGGGAAGUGUCAUGAGUUUCCCUACUUCUACUGCAACUUUGGCUUCCUACCAAGCACUCCUGGAAAAUCCAAACAGUUGGCUCCCACCCAAGAUGAAAUUACUAGUGAAGAGGUAAAACAUGCAUACCAAGCUUGCUCAGUUGUGAAUAGUGGGGACGCUGUUUUGACACCAGGGGCCCGUCUGCUCAGCACAACUGUAAGCGAGGUUCGUCUUGGGCAUACACUGGGGACAUCUGGUGACCUGUUUCUGAGACUGAAUCACCAGAGUGUGAGGGCUGGGAAAAGCCAAAGCUUGAAGUUCCCCUUUGUGCUGACAUCUGGUGGCUGUUUUAGUUUCUGGUACUACAUGGUAGGAACAGAUUUCCUCAGUGUGAACCUCUUAAUGACAAGGCCGGGGAAAGUCCCCAAAAACAUCUGGACACUGAACAGGACCACUGAAGUGAAUAUCUGGACCAAGCAGGAAAUACCUAUUGAUAUUGGGGACAAGGUGGAGCUGGAGCUCAAUCUGAGAGUGGAUGCCUACAUUUCUGGAGCCUAUGACUUUGGACUAGAUGAUAUUAAGAUAUCACCAGAGAACUGCACCAUUUGGGAGUGUAACUUUGGUUUUGGUGAAUCGGGUAAGGAUACAUGUGAGUUCACACAGAACUCAGAUGGUGACGAGUACGACUGGUUAGUAGGACGUGGCCUGGAGGAUCUCCAGGAUACUGGGCCAAAGGAAGGCCAUACCACAGGAAGCCAAGAUGACAACUACAUCUUCACUCAGUGCCUUCAUCCCGCCAUUGUAGACCGCAGGAAGAAGAGGGCACUAUCAUACCAUCAUGAUGCCUUGUUGUAUUUCCCCGUGUAUUUGUCUCGUCAGUCGUGCUUCACAUUCUGGUACCAUAUGUACGGCAAGGACAUUGGGACACUGUCCCUCAACACGCACAGGCUGGGAUUUGACAAUGAGAUGACAGAGGUCUGGAGGAGAGAUGGUAACCAAGGAGACAAGUGGCUAUUUGCCCAAGUUACCUUGACGCCACCAGAAACGAUUGAAUUUGAAUUUGCGGCUACAGGAGUUCAAGAUAGUCUUGGAGAGAUUGCACUUGAUGACCUCCGUAUCUCACCUGGAAAAUGCAACGUUGACCCAUGCAGUAACAGAGAUUUCUGUCAGUGCUGGGGAGAGAGGCCAACAUGUAGUGGCAGUGGUGCCCCCUGUACCUGCCAGCCAAUGGCAGCCACGGAUGGAUACUGUGACUCAGUUGGCAAGGACUUUGUGUUUGCAGUUUUCGGUGGUAAUUCUGGUGAGGACUUCUCUGUCAUUGUGACGUCAGCUUCCCCAUAUCCAGCCACUGUGACACUGUCUGCACCCCGGCACCCUGCCCCACAGACCCAACUCACCAUAGCCAUACCCCCUGGGGCCACCGAAUACCUUACAAUUCCAGGGCUAUUUGACAUAGCUGCUGAUAGUAAAGAUGUGAAAGAAUAUGGACUCCACCUGCAGUCUGAUGCCGAUGUAGCAGUUUUUGUGAUGAAAGACGACUCCACAGGAAAUGAUAUUUUUAGUGUUCUACCCACGGAUGCCUUGGGAGAAAGAUACAUAGCAGUGACUAGCAGCGCACUGGCUGCGGAGUACCCUCCAGACAUAUCAAAGUCCGAUGUGGUAGCCAUUGUUGCAGUGCAUGAUGAAACAAGAGUGAGUUUUUUCAUUCCAGCAGUCAAGGAGCCUGAUCGUACUUUAUUGAUAGAUGGAGAGGCUUACCUGCGUGGCCAAUCGUACACAAGAGUUCUGAGCCGUUUCCAGGCAACGAUUAUUGUCGAUGAUGAUAUGGAUUAUUCCAUAAAUGGUCUGUACAUAACUGCAGAUAAACCAGUCUCUGUUAUCACAGGGGGCACACUGGACGCAGAUACCACCAUGUAUCAGCAUCUGUUUCCGCUCUCGGCCAUCGGGAAGAGAUAUGCAUUGCUGCCAUCUGGUGGUGAUACUCGGUACCACAUUCAAGCCCUGGAAGACAACACCACCUGUCAUUCAAAACCUGGGGGAGGGGCUUACCAUAUCAAUGAUCGUGGGGACACAUACAAGGUUACCGAAGAUGGAAUCAAUCACAUUUUCUGUGAUAAAGAUGCCCAGAUUGUAGGGUUUACUGGUUACCAGAAUGUAUCCCAGGGGGGCCUCUUGCUGAUGUCACAGUAUGUUCUGCCAGACUGGAGUCAAAUGCAACAUGAGUAUUGGUUCACAUUGCCUCAGUUUGAUAUCUCCAUACUCGUGCACAGUGUAGACAGAGAGGGUCUUAGGAUAAACGGGGAACCCCUGUCUCUCAAGCAACCAGCCCAGAGUGUGACAAUACCCGAUUUGGGCAGUUUUGACAUUCUUUUUGUUGAUGUUUCUGAUUAUCAGGAUGAGAGUGUUGCACUACAUCUGUAUAAUGUGGAUCCCUUGGCAACUUUCUUUAUCCUUGGCUUCAAAGAUGUUUUUUCAGGCGCAAGCCAUUCUUACUCUGCCACUUCCAUUGGGGGCAGGGCUGCCAAGAUUAAUACAGAGUGCCGUACCUCCAUCCCGGUAUUUGGUGACAUGUUGGACAAUGAUUGUGACGGAAGGAUAGAUGAGGAGAUUGCCAACAAUUUUGAUGAUGAUGGUGAUGGGAGAACUGACGAAGAUCUGGCAAAGAACCCGGACGCCAUGUGCAUCAAGCCUCCUGUAAGGAUAGUGUGCACGGCCACGCCUUUCUCCCGCACCAUGAGUAUAAUGUAUGAUGAAGGAAGUCCUGUCAAUAAUGUGUAUGUCCUUGGACACGAGGAUUCCUGCUCCUUCCAUCAUCACUAUGCCAGCGAGUAUUUGCUGGACAUUGACCUGAUUGCAGACUUGAAUCGUUGCGGAGUAAAAUUGGUCACAGCACAGAACCGUAUGGUGUACCACAUGGAUGUUGUGGCCCGCAGACAUGCCUUACUCAUAUAUGGAAAUGACAAAACCUUCACAAUGACCUGCACAUUUGACAUAGAAAAUAAAGUGGUUGCUGAUACAAAAUAUGAUGUAGAUUUCAUGGCACCUAUAGGACCUCCAAAUUUUUUCAAUAUUCAGCCAAGGUCCUUUGAAAGGUCAUUUGAAGGUCAAGGUCAGCCAACUUCCCUGAGACAAACUGCUGGAUAUUCUGCAUUUUCCAGCCUCCUUUUGGCUGACGCCAAUAUUCACAUGGAGGUUGUGCAGGGAGUGUCAUCUAAGAAAAUUACAGUGACAAAAGUUGGGGAUUGGAUUCGACUGAAAGUGUCACUGAUACCCUCAGAUGUACUUCAGGACCUGUAUAUAACAAACUGUGUUAUGUAUGAAUCCUUACAGAAGAGGAGGCGGAUGCAGUUGAUUGAUAGCCAAGGUUGUGGUGUAGAAUCUCUGAUUCCCCAUAAUCAAGGCUUCCAGUCUGGUUCAGGUGAAAAGAGCACCGUAAGGAGUGUGUACUCCCCCAAGUUCAGAGUGAUCAAAUACGAGCAGUUUAAUACUCUGUAUUUUGAAUGCCAGGUAUCAGCGUGUGCAAGCCAACUGCCUGGGAAUAGGUGUGACGGGAAUCAGUGCCAACCAAAGGACACAGAGGAGUCUUAUCAUGGUUUUCAAGGUCAUUCAAAGGUCGCCACCCUGCCUCCUUGGUUACGAGUUCAUCCUUACAAUUUUCAAAAUGAAAGUUGGUGGCCAGAGACAGAGCAACCAAAAGUUAACAAACGCAGUUCAGACACUGAAGACCCACCGACUAAAGGAAAAGAAGAGAAUGAUACCGAAACUGAAAGGAAGAACGAAAGUGACCAGGGUGACUACCGACCUGUUUUGAGCGUGUCAGAGUUAAUCAUGGUUCUGGAUGAUGAUAGAGAGAAGCCACAGGCACAAACUAAAGGUGAGAUAUCAAAAUUCCCGGAUGAGGAAGACUCUGCCAGUGACGAGUGUGAUCUCCACAGCAUCGAGAUGAUCUCUCUUCUCGGCAUCCUCGGCGUUCUGAUCCUCCUCUUUCUCCUGGUGACCACCAUCUUGUGCGUGCGUCUACGAAGAGUUCGUCGCUGGAGUUUGACGCAGCGGCGCCGCUUCUUCAGCGCUGCCAGCGACGUGACGACCACCAGUCCCUCGCACAAACUGGUUAAAACGAUACCAUUAAAUGAAAGCAGUUUCCCUUCUUCUGAUUUGGUGUUCUCGCCACGGUGAAUUACGAGCUAUCAUUUAUUGAUGGAAUUGAAUACAUAGUCGUAAGGGAAAGUAUUCUUAUUUUGAUGCGCAAUCAAUUGUCAAGUGAUAUUCAAGGAAACUGAAAGACUGAAGUAGUCCUUAAUUCAAGUGAAUGAAAAGAUUGGAAUUAUUUUCCUUUUACAAUACUUUCUUUUAGC